AGAGCAUGAUAAGUUUUAGUAGGCAAUUAUCAAUACAGACGAUCGCACGUUGAAAUGGAUUUCACUGGAAAAGUUGUUAUUGUGACUGGGGCCAGUUCUGGUAUAGGUGCAGCGUCUGCUAUACUGUUCGCUGAAUAUGGUGCGACUUUGACUCUCGUGGGGAGAAACGAAUCCAGACUAAGAGCUGUUGCCGAGAAAUGUCACGCAGCAAAAGGAAUCAGCCCCUUAUGUGUCAGAAUAGAUCUGACCCAUAAAGACAGUUGCGCUGUGGUAGUAACCAAAACUGUGACCGCGUUCAAAAGGAUCGAUGUCCUUGUCAACUGUGCCGGUAAAGUCCUCAUAGGUUCGCUCUUCGAUGAAAAUAUAGAGGCAUUUGACGAGAUGAUCAAUAUUAAUCUUCGAGUUCCGUACAGUCUCUCGCAUCAGGCUCUGCCGUACUUGACGAAGACCAAAGGUAACAUUGUCAACCUCACAGCCACUAAGUACGCAAGAGUCAGACAUGGGUUUAUGGGUUACUCGGUUGCAAAAGCUGGACUUCAGAAGUUCACCAAGAUUGCGGCAAUAGAAUUAGCCACGGAAGGUGUUCGAGUAAAUUCUGUGCAACCAGGAUUGACCAGAACUAAUAUCCUGUCAAAUCUGGCGAUGUCUGAGGAAGAACGGCAGGUAGCCUACGAGAGGCUCUCGCAAGACAUGAAGAUUAUUGAACCCGAAGAGGUUGCUAGGAUGGUUGUCUUCGUAGCGAGUGGGAUAUGUCCUAAUUUGAACGGUGCAGAUUUGGAUUUGGAUGGUGCAACCUCUGUCAUGUGAUAAUAUUUGUAAAACAUUUGAAAUGUGUUGUAAUUGAUGCUUUUGGGAGUAUCAGAAGAUUGGGCUAUUGUGUUUAUUGGGAAGAUUAAAGUUGUCGGCUUACGUUAUUUUCUGCGCUAUGUUUGAAUAGAAGCUCAUCCUGGAUAACCCUUAUUUGAAACAUGUCUUCUUAAGUCUUAAGGAAGUGAAAGUGUUCACGUUAAUGUGACCUAGUGAUAAUUGGAUCCACUAGAAUUCUUACGGUUUCUAUGUCACAGGAUGUAUCUUUUUUUUAAAUUAUGCUCUGCGCCUGUCAUUGUCGGUUUUUUACGUUUUAAAAUAAACACAAGCUAUUACUAAUAUUAUGACAUUUAGAAAUGAA